AUGAUUUCCAGGAAGUCCUAUUCAGUGGCAGGCUCCAGCAGUGGGUCCAGACGGUCUUUGGCAGGACCCCAAACCGGCUUCAGAUCCAGCUACACUCUCAGUUCUUCUGCUGGUGGUGCUUAUGGCGCUGGUGGUUUUGGUGCUGGUGGUGUUGGUGCCGGUGGUUUUGGUGCCGGUGGUUUUGGCGCCGGUGGUUUUGGCUCUAUGAGUUCUAGCUCAAUGGUUGGUGGUGGUUUUGGAGCUGGAGGAGGCUUUGUGGCACCACCAAUUACUGCAGUCACAGUCAACAAGAGUCUGCUGACCCCCCUGAGUCUGGAAAUUGACCCAACCAUCCAGGCUGUGCGCACCCAGGAGAAGGAUCAGAUCAAGACACUCAACAACCGCUUUGCUUCCUUUAUUGACAAGGUCCGUUUCCUGGAGCAGCAGAACAAAAUGCUGGAGACCAAGUGGAGCCUCCUGCAGGAACAGACCACCACCCGCUCAAACAUCGAUGCCAUGUUCGAAGCCUACAUUGCCAACCUGCGCAGACAACUCGAUGGGCUGGGUAACGAGAAAGUCAAGCUGGAGGGAGAACUGAAGAACAUGCAGCUCCAGGUGGAGGACUUCAAGACAAAGUAUGAGAAUGAAAUCAACAAGCGCACAGGUGCAGAGAAUGAGUUUGUCCUCUUGAAAAAGGAUGUUGACAAUGCCUACAUGAACAAGGUGGAGCUGGAGGCCAAAGCCGAUGCUCUUCAGGAUGAAAUCAACUUCCUCAGAGCUGUCUAUGAGGCUGAACUUCGGGAGCUGCAGUCCCAGAUCAAGGACACCUCUGUCAUUGUGGAGAUGGACAACAGCCGUAACCUUGAUAUGGACGCAAUUGUGGCUGAAGUGAAGGCUCAGUAUGAAGAUAUCGCCAACCGCAGCAAGGCUGAGGCGGAAAACUGGUACAAACAGAAGUAUGAGGAGAUGCAGAACUCUGCUGGACAGUACGGUGAUGACCUUCGCUCAACCAAGGCUGAAAUUGCAGAGCUGAACCGCAUGAUCGCCCGUCUCCAGAAUGAAAUUGAGGCAGUAAAGGCACAGAGGGCUUCCCUAGAGGCCCAGAUCGCAGAAGCUGAAGAGCGCGGUGAGUUGGCAGUGAAGGAUGCCAAGCUCCGCAUCAAGGAUCUGGAGGAAGCCCUUCAGAGAGCCAAGCAAGACAUGGCCCGCCAAGUGCGUGAAUACCAGGAGCUGAUGAACGUCAAGAUGGCCCUGGACAUUGAAAUCGCCACCUACAGGAAGCUGCUGGAAGGAGAAGAGUACAGACUGGCCUCAGGACCCUCCAGUGCAACUAUCCAUGUGCAACAGUCUUCCGGUGGUGGAUUCUCCAGCUCCAGCGCCGCUGGUGGAUUUGGUUUCGGUGGAAGCAGCAUGGCGGGGGGUUAUGGUGGCAGCAGCAUGGCCGGUGGUUAUGGUGGUUCUGUCACAAAGUCCAGUGUGUCUACAACCAGCUCCAGAAGAUACCUUUAA